GUCGUUGGAGAAUGGCUCGGAGGUGAUCAGAACGUCACCGGAGGACAACAGAGGUCGCCAGAUGAUGACUAAGAGGCGAUUAGAAAGUCGUGAGGAGGAUGGCUUGGAGGCUUUCGGAAUGCCAUCGGAAGACAACCAGAAAGUCGCUGAAGGAUGGCCAGAACAUAUUGGAAGUUCGCUAGAGGAUGGUCGGGAGGUUGCUGGAGCAGAUUGGAACUUCGCCGAAGGAUGA